GAGGAGCGCUCUCAGAAACAGAAAGGUACACAGAAAAGAGAGUGGACGACAUAAAGUAAGAGAAGCAGAAGGAGGACGGUGGCUACUGAGAGCAUCUCCUGCGCACCUUUUCAUUCCUGCACGCUCACGGAUCUUAAAAGUCUACACUUUACUUUAUCUUCCUCGUGUUUGCUCCCAGAGAGAGAUUACAACUUUGGUAAAGAGGCUUUUUUCAAAUUUUUUUUUGGAGUUGAGAGAGACGCGAUUCCUGGAAGAGUUUUCAUCCCCCCCCCCCCCCAAAAAAAACCAAGUCUUUCCAUCCCUGAGAAGUUUUAAAAAGUAAAGCCCUUGUUAGUUCCAGGGCUCGGCUUCACUUUUUCCACGUGUCCCGGCUUCUGACAUAAACGUGUCACCUUGAGAUUUAUUUUUUGCUGGCCUUCAAGUUUCAGACUUUAAAAAAAAGAAACGUCCUUUUAAGUCACUGACCCACAAACGAGACCAAAAAUGAGAUUCCAAACAUCAGGACCGUCCCCAGUCUUGUCUGAUUGUUGUUCUGAAUGCUUACAUUAAAGCAGAGUGAGUUCUUUUUUCACUUUACAAGCUGAGGUGUCAUACUGAAGAUACGGGGAGCCCGGCAGCACUGCUCACCUGUAGCAUCUCCUCCGCGCAGCCGACACUUUGAUUUGCACUUUUACGCACAGAAACGCCACUUUGUGAAUCUUUGUAAGAGGUCCACUCUAUCUGAAAGACAGAAUCGCACUCCACACAGUUCAUUCAUUCUGGAAACACAACUGCGUCGGGUCUGGACUGCGUAAAGGGGCAUUGCGCUUUUACGCAACAAAAAAAAAUCCCAAAAAACUUUUAAAAUCAUCCGGAGAUCGUAUACCUAUUUUUGUUGCGAAUACAGAAGUUCAAAUAAAAUAUAGUGCAACUUUCACCAGCUUUUUUGAAAGUCCUCCAGAGCUCCAGAGAGACCCCCGGGCUCUCCAUCACCAUGCUGUUCGACACGUUCGACCUCGUCUCGGCUCUGGCCACUCUGGCCGCCUGCCUGGUGUCCAUGGCCCUGCUCCUCGCCGUCUCCCAGCAGCUGUGGCAGCUCAGAUGGACGGCCACGCGAGAUAAAAACUGCAAGCUGCCCAUGCCCAAAGGAUCCAUGGGCUUCCCCUUCAUCGGCGAGACCUGCCACUGGCUCCUGCAGGGUUCGGGCUUCCACGCGUCGCGGAGGCAGAAGUACGGCAACGUGUUCAAGACCCACCUGCUGGGCCGCCCUCUGAUCCGGGUGACGGGCGCCGAGAACGUGCGCAAAGUGCUGAUGGGCGAGCACACGCUGGUGACGGUGGACUGGCCUCAGAGCACCGCCACGCUGCUGGGACCCAACUCGCUGGCCAACAGCAUCGGAGACAUCCACCGCAAGAGGAGGAAGGUGUUUGCCAAAGUGUUCAGCCACGAAGCCUUGGAGUCCUACCUCCCGAAAAUCCAGCAGGUCAUCCAGGAGAGCCUCCGAGUGUGGAGCUCCAACCCUGAGCCCAUCAACGUCUACAGGGAGAGCCAGAGGUUGUCCUUCACCAUGGCGGUGAGGGUGCUGCUGGGAUUCAGGGUGUCGGAGGAGGAGAUGAGGCAUCUGUUCGCAACCUUCCAGGACUUUGUUGACAACCUGUUCAGCCUGCCUAUAGACCUGCCGUUUAGCGGCUACAGGAAGGGUAUCCGUGCACGAGACAUCCUGCAGAAAAGCAUAGAGAAGGCCAUCAGGGAGAAGCCGUUGUGUUCCCAGGGGAAGGAUUACAGCGACGCGCUGGACGUCCUGAUGGAGAGCGCCAAAGAGAACGGCACCGAGCUCACCAUGCAGGAACUGAAGGAGUCGACUAUCGAGCUGAUCUUCGCUGCUUUCGCCACCACGGCCAGUGCCAGCACCUCGCUCAUCAUGCAGCUCCUCCGCCACCCUUCCGUCCUGGAGUGCCUGAGGGAGGAGCUGAGAACCAGGGGUCUCCUCCAGAAUGGUUGCCUUGUGCCAGGAGAGCUGAGGCUGGACACCAUCGUGAGCCUCAAGUACCUGGACUGUGUCAUCAAGGAGGUGCUGAGACUCUUCACGCCCGUUUCGGGGGCCUACCGAACCGCCAUAGAGACCUUUGAACUUGACGGAGUGCAGAUUCCAAAGGGCUGGAGCGUGAUGUACAGCAUUCGUGACACCCACGACACCUCAGCUGUCUUCAAGGAUGUGGACGCCUUCGACCCCGACCGCUUCAGCCAGGAGCGGGGAGAAGACAAAGAGGGACGCUUCCACUAUCUGCCGUUCGGCGGUGGUGUCCGGUCCUGCCUGGGCAAGCAGCUCGCCACCCUCUUCCUUCGCAUCCUGGCUAUUGAGCUGGCUAGCACCAGCCGCUUCGAGCUGGCCACCCGGCAGUUCCCCCGCGUGGUCACGGUACCAGUGGUCCACCCCGUCGACGGGCUGAAGGUGAAGUUCUACGGCUUGGACUCCAACCAGAACGAGAUCAUGGCCAAGUCGGAAGAGCUGCUGGGAGCGACUGUUUGAAGGGCAGAGAGUUGACGAGUAGGGGGAGGGGUGAGUGAUCGAAGAAGUCUUGAGGGAGAAGAUUGAAGGAAGGAAAGAAAGAAUUUCAGAGUUAUUUUUUCUUCUCCACCUUUGCCAAGUUGGAGGUUCCUUUUCAGACUAAAAAGAAAAGCAGGUCUUCGUUUCUUGUUACACCUGAUGAUGAUCGGGACUUUCCUCUGAGAAAGGAAGAAGCUGCCAAAAAAGUUCUUAAUUAUGCUCUAUUCCGUGUAUUAUUUUUUUUUUAAAGAAAUAUACAAACAAAGUGUAUGUACAAAAAAAGCUAUGUAAUAUAAUUUGAAAGAGAAUGGUGGGUAGUGCACAAUGGGAGAAAGAGAAGUAUGGUGGUACUUUUGGUGAAAUGAAGUGAAAAGUAAAAGUAAAGAGGGUUGGGGAAGGAAGGCGAGAUGGAUGAAACAGGGUAUAGGACGAAAGAAUAUGAUAUUUUAGCAUUUAGCUUGUGCUUAAUCAAAUGCAGUGAGACAUUCCAGCUGUCUAGCAGGGUAAAAGAGAUGGAUAUACAGACUGAUAGAUCCAGAUUUUCUGGUCAAAUUUGAUGAAUUUCGAGCCUGAAUCUUUCACGGCCCCUCCCACAUUAAACUCAUGUUUUCUGCUUAUUGGAGAAAGAUUUGAAAGAAUGACACACAACAGUGGUGGCAUUGUGUUUUCAAUCAAAAGUUCCAUCAAGAUUAAUUUUCAUUCGUUUCAAUUGUUUACGUACAAGUUUACAAAAGGCAGUCAACGGGAUCAGAGCACGUUGGGAAGCAGGUUGUGUCACAGGUGAACUGCGUUGCCGAGCCUGUAAGAUUGGCUCCGCACCAUUUCUGUAACAUAAUGCAGUAAAUAUCGGCUUCAAUAUCUAAUGCUAAUUGAGGCCAAAUAUAAUUUCAGGCAGGGAAGAAAAGGGCUGAAAAAUGAGAGAUAUAGUUGUGACGGGGAAGAUAUACUGGCUGCAUAUUGUAACGGGUGGACCACAUAGCAUUUUGAAUCGAUGUAAAUGGGCAAUUUGUUCAAUUUCUUAAAACCUUCCUUUCCUUUCUGGUUAUAUUUUUCACAAUCCUGCCUCUACAAUAUAAUCCGCAUUGAUUUUUAACACAACAUAUUGCUUCCAUUUAUGAAUCGUACAGUAGAAUAAGCUUCAGUUCUCAAAUAAACAAAAACAAUAGAAGCAAUGCCAUCCUGCCGGGUUUUACUGUAUUUUACCUCCAGUGAAAGCUUGGAUACUCUCUUCUUCCGUCUCUGCUACCCACUGAUUGCCCAUAUGCAUUGAUUCAAAAUGUUGCCCAUAUUUAUAACAAAUCACAGUAAUCGUAAUGAUGUGUGAACUCAGGUGCAGAGUAGACAUUGUGGUGGAUUAAGCCUUCGCUUUUUGAUGUUUAACUCUGACUGACUGCCCGUAAAUAAUGUCACUUACUCGCUGUUGUAGUUUCAGAGUUGGACCGAUUACUCUGUCAAUAACUUUGCCGUCAGACCACAUAAACGAGAGGAUAUCAGGGGUUUCCAAUAACGCAUGCUUCCACUUGACUUAUUACUAUUACCUUCUGCAACCAUUUUGCCCCCCCCACCAAGGAAGCAAUUCUGAUGGUGCAAGCAGAAUCAAUCGACAUGAAUUCACAAUUGGCACCACAAAAGAUCACUAAAGUCGAUAAGUAGUGAGGUCCAGGUCUGCUUUGUAAACUCUCUGAACCUGUGCUUUGAUGCAUAAACUACACUUUUAAGUUGCAUUGAGAUUGUACCCUCUGGGACGGUGACUUUGUCCCACAACGAGGAUACGAUAAAGGACUCGAGAGACUUCCUGAGCUGGAGGAGGAGAAGAGACAGAGGGAUGAGAGGCGGAGAGGAGGAGACCUACUUACAUGCUGCUUGAGUGUUGCUUUGUCGUUCUGUGUUUGUUUAAUUGUCUUUUUUAUUUUCCCGUCUCCUUGGGGCAGACAUUUUGAGUUGCGUGUCGAAGGUGACAUGUUGUCUUGCUGCUCCUCCAAUCAACGCUAAGAAUGCAAAACAAAAUUAAAUUCCAUGGGUUUGUUUUUUUUUCGCUAUAAGAGAUUUUUUGUUUGAGGUGAUUGCACAAUCAGGACUCUCAGAGCUUUGCGUGUUCCAUCAUUGGAGUCAGACGGUCACGUGUCACAUACAUGAUCAGCUUCUGCAACGGAACUCUGGGACUUGCUAGCGGAACUCUUGGACGUUCUAGAAUCCCUCGAUAGAAUUCUAAGCUCCGCAACGAAGCUCGAGAGAGAGAGAGAGAGAGAGAAGGACCGGGGAGUUUUCAGGGGAGGGCGGGGCUUUUCUUAUUGGACGGUCCAAUAGCGUUCCGGAUGGAUCAUGCCUGUUCUGGACAUUGCUCACUCUUUCUACCAACCACACCACUGAUUUCUUCAUGAUAGAAAAAUAUAAAAAAAUUGAAUUUAUUUUGCUGCUUUUCUUGUGUACAUUUUCUAAUUGAGAGUUCUAGAUUGCUAUAGUUUGUAUUGAGUGAGAUUUGCUAUUUCUUUCCCUUUAUAUAUAUAUACAUAUACAUAUAUAUAUAUAUAAUUUAGCUGAUUCAAAUAUUUGCAUUUCGUGAAAGCAAAAAGAGCAUUAAUAGAUAGUGUAUAUUAAUUUGUACAAUAUUCCUUUCCUUAGCAAGCCAUAGGGAAAAUCAGCUAUCUACGUCUACUAAUAACCUAAUAUUAAUGUUAUUGUACGAUUAAUAUUGUUGUUAUAAGAUAUUUGAAAUGCUAUUUUUUAUUCUAUUACAGAUUUAGAGUUUUUAGCCUAAAAGAGAAGGUCUUUGAUAAAUAUUGGAUGUAUUUAGAAUGUUAUGUAUUUCAGUUAUAUUGUAAACAGUGUUUAAAAUGUUAAUAUUGUUGAUUUGAUUACUGUAAUAAUUAUUAUUUGUUUUGUUAUUCAGACUUAUUAUCACUGCAUUUUAUUUGAUAUUAAUUAUGGAAAACAGAAAGCACUUGCGAGGUAUGUCUAUUUUUUAAGUGCCAUGCGACUACACUUCCCUUCCUCUGAACCUGUCUUAUGUCAUUAUGUACAUAAUAUUUGUAUUUCUUUUUACAGGAAAAAAAAUGUUCCUUUAGUUUAAAUAUGAAUGUCUUGGUCUACUUUCCUCCUUUUCUUUUUGUUACCGUGAUUGUUAAAUGUACUCCUGUAAUAAACUAUAAAGUAAAACGA